AUGCGAGCAACACCGGAAAGCCUGAUCGACGACUCUGAGCCCGAACGGGUUCAGAUCAGAGAUUGUCUGCAAGGUGCAACUACCGAACGACAGCGCCCAUUUACUCCAUGCCCCAACCGCGACAUGGAAACCAUACAGACCAUUGAAAUAUCCGACUCAGAAUCUGACCGUGAAAACAGCCCGACACCAACGUCUGCACCUCCUGCGUAUCGACAUCGAGAAAUGCCAGCCAAAGUCAAAUCCCUACAGCUCUCCCAAUUUGCUUUCCGAGGGAUGGCAACCGCGUCCUCAUCCCGAGCUCCCUCUGAAGAACAUGAAGUACCAAAUACAUCCAAUACCGUACACCCAGCACCCCCGCCAAAGAAACCAGGCCGACCGAGAAAGGUUGUACACGAAUUCAUGUCAGAAUUCACCGACAAACAGAUAUCCACUGUUCUUAAAUGUGUAAGUUGCAAUGCCCGGUGGACGGUCCGGAAAACGGCGACCGAGAAGCGAAGGCAUAUGCAAGUAUGCUCAAGAAAAGCUGCCUAUACCCCGGAAACCAUGCGACUACUCCUCCAAAAAGAGAUAAACGACAGGCUACCUUCUACAGCACCUCCAAGGGACGUCCCACCACCUGAAAGCCCCACCUUAUUCGAGGGCUACAAGCCCCUCGAACUCCCUAAGCGACGAUCGAAGUCUGUGAAGACUACCGCUUCGUUGGUUAUUGCGACUUCAAACAGGGACGAAAUUCUGGAGCGUGCUCAGCGACUCAUCCAAUCCGAGACUUCUUUAACUGUGGGCCCUCGCUUCACUCAGAUCUUCGCGCCUAGUCGACUCGGCGCUGCAUCAGGAACCCGGCCCCUUGACAUAGAAGCGUCCCCGUCACCGCCUCCAACCACACAGGACUUUGCUCCGAGCCGGUUGGGUGCAACUUCUGGCACCAGACUAUUCCAACCAGAAUCGUCCCCAUUACCAGCUACGCAAGGUUUUGCUCCCACAAGGUUCGCCACAGCGACAGGCACCAGUCUUUUCUCUGGAGCCGGUGAAGAAGUGUCAUCCCCGCGUUCCCGUAGUCGUUCUAAAUCGCCGUCUGAGGGCGGUUUGUCUGAGACUCGCAAAACGCCUAGGAAGACUGCAACGCCUCUGGCGCGCAGGUCACCCUCUCGAGCCUCGUCAAAAGGCUCAGACGUAGAAUGCACGCCGAGGGCGAAGCGCCGAAGCGCGAAAACCCCUGCAAUAUGGAAUAAAGACUGGCAGAAGGCGCUCAUGAAGAAAAUUUCUGAAGACCGCGAAAUCAAGCUCAAAAUUCUUCGAUAUGAGCCCAUCUCGCUGCAUGUCUUCCACACGCUUCUCAUCCCCGGCCGCACCAAACUCAGCCUGAAGCACAAAACAAUGCUGGUCGCAUUCUUGGAGAACGAGGGAAUCACGACUUAUGACCCAGAGACAACUUGGGGAAAGACAAAGGCUAGCAGGGCUAAAUCCGUCAGGGGAGGAUGA